AUGCGUUUGGUUGAUGGGGAUGUGAGGCCAUCCAUGGGUUUCUUUUAUGGAGAAUUAUUAAAGGCAAAGAGACAGAUCAAAGAGGCCUUUGGAAAUGUUGAGGCUCGGUUCAAGGAUGUAAUAGCUAUUAUUGACAAGAAGAUGAAUGGAAGACUUGAUUCUUCAUUGUAUUUGACAGCCUAUUUGCUGAAUCCUCACUAUAGCUAUAGGGGCCCAUCAAUCUUUGAUCAGCCCAAAAUAUCAGAAGGGUUUAUAGCUUGUGUUGAGAAAUUUUAUUAUCAUGAUGAGGACAUGCAACAUCAGGUUGCCAACAUUGAACUAAAGAAGUUUCAGAAUAGAGAAGAACCCUUUAGCAAGAAACUUGCUAGGACUUUUGAAAACUUUGAUUACAACCCAGCAUCAUGGUGGAGACUGUAUGGAUAUGAAACACCAGCUUUACAGAAGAUGGCUACAAGGAUCCUAUCUUUGACAUCAAGCUUUUCUGGUUGUGAAAGAAAUUGGAGUGGAUUUGAAAGGAUACACACUAAGAAGAGAAAUAAGCUUACUACAACCCGCCUCAACAAGCUGGUGUAUAUCCAAUUCAACUCCAAGCUGCUUAGUAAGAGAGAAAAGAUCAAGUCAAACAAAAUCACUGAUGUUCUCUUGUCUAGUGAUACAACUGAAGCUCAAGGUUUUCUCCAAGAGGGUGGGGAUAAUUGUGCAUUAGUUGACUUUAGAGAUGGGGAGGAAGAUGAGAUGGAAGGCACAAGGAUACCUUGGUCUGUCAUUGGAAAGGCAGUGGGAGCAGAUGAACAGCUUGAGCUGCGUAGAAGUGCAAGAGUGAGGAAGCUCUAUGCAGAAGAAGAAUUCGACUCUGAAGAAGAAGAGUAUGAAGAUGAAGAUCUGUGCUACAGUGAAGAUGAAAUAUGA